AUGUCCACCAUGGAGAGCGAUUCUGGUCCGUCUUCCUUCGCUGCUACAGCGUCUUCAUCCUCGCCGCGCCAGCCUGUCACAACGGUGAGACCGACAGCACUGCAUCCACUUCCCGAGGAUAGACUGGUGCUCCAAGACACGCGCUCUUCUCACGACAGCACCACACCGGCUGGAGGAAGCAGCAAUGCCUCCGGCUCCAAAGAUGGUCAACGACAGCUGCCAAAGCGAGCGCCGGAUGAGCAUGCCCAAGCGGCUCGAGACAAGCUCGACCGCAUCGCCAAAGCCCAGCAAACUCGGCAGAACUGGGCCAAAUCCACCGGUAUCACUUUGGUCUCCAAAGCAUUUGGUCGUAAUAAGCAACGUCAACGAAGGCGCAGGCAUGGACUCUCGUCGGACGAAGAGAGCGGCGACGACACCUAUAAGGAGAUCGAAGAGGGACGGGACAACACGGGAGAGGUGAAGCUCAUGAUCACGGGCAAUCCAGUCGUCACUAGGGUCGUCGGCGCUGCAUCGCGAGCAAAAGGUCGCUUUCGCGGCCACCCCGAGUCGCCCGACGCUUCUCCACGCAUCGAAGAGGCGCCCUCUCGCUUCUCCAUCAGUAGACCAGGCAGCUCCUUGGCAAGACGCUUCCGCGCUCCUUCCGCUGAACCGCCGGCGGAUGUCGGACUCAAGAAUGUCAGCUCCUCCCCGACUGCCGAACUCCCUUCUCGUGCCUCGAUCGACAACCAUUACGCACCGGAUCGACCAAAGUCACGGAUUCGACCGAAUACGGGGCCCGAGUUGCUAGUCGUUGACGAAGAAGGGCAGUCGCACGAUGUUGCUGAGGAGUCGGCUCGGUCCUCGGCGGGACGUUUGGCGAUACCUUUCGCCAGGAGCCUGAACAAUCCAUCACCUCACAGCAAUGUCUCGACACCGCCGAGCAGCUCCACUCACAUUCCAGGCCUGGCCGUCGACUCGAGCAAGCAAUACGGCGACUCUUCCUCUAGCAUCACGGGUGGGCCGAUGCACGACGAGCCUGAAGCUCACGACGAUAAUCAGCCCCUUGGCGUGCCCUCACCAGCAUCCGUCUCCUCCGCCUCCUCCGCCUCUAGCGAUGACGAGCUCGACGACAGUGCGCUGGCCUCCAAUUCGGAUGAUGAGGAGGGAGACAACAUGCUUCAUCUCAAUUCGUUGAGCCUCGAACACGGCGAGACGAUCACAAAGGAAGAGCUCAAGCGUCGCAAGAAGCUCAUUCGUCGCGAGAUUCGGCGCAGGAAAGCCAACGGCGAGCCAAUCGACGACCUGAUCCACUUGCACGGCAAAUUCGGCCAGCUGGGCCACAAGGUGUCGACGCGUGUCUCAAAGGGAAUCCACUACGCUACAAACCAGAGCCGCAAUCGUCGCGCCAUGGACCGCUAUUCGCCUCAUCCUGGUCAGCUUUCGCUGCAGACCAGCGAUCUACCACGCAGCACCUCGGCGCAGAGCGCAGGUGGCAUGACUCCCUUUUCGACCAUCACGCCAUCCAUGUCGCGCAACAGCAAUCACUUCGGCCAAAGACGCGAAUCCGUCGCUACUAUCGCCAGCAGCCGGAGAAGUUCGAUGACGAUCGACGAUGAUGACGAAGCCAUCCAGGAUGGCGACGGUGGCAGCCUCUACCGCAAGACAAGUGUGAUCGAUCGCUCCAUUUUGAGCUCGCGCAACAGCAUUCGCAAGUAUCUGCACGCGCCCAACGUCAUCAAGCGUCGCCGUCAGCGGAGAUGGGAGGCUGAGAUGGCCGCAAUCGAGCGGGCUGCCGACGAAGAAGCUCGCCAUGCUGACCCGGACGCCGAGCUUGACUCCAUGUUGGCCAAGCAUGCUCAACAAGAGGCGCCUUCGGAUGCACACAGAGUCAAGUACGAGUUCGAUGUCCUCUACGAGAAUCAACGCGGCUUGCUCGUGUUUGGCAUUCCGAAGUUUAGCCCCAGGACCCUCUUCCAAUGGGACCCUUCCCCUUGGACCUCUUCCAGCGGCAAAAGGUCGGCUUACAAUAUUGCAAAUGCGCAGCUGCCAGAUCCUUCGUGGGAAUGGGCAUACAGCGAGUGGUACAUUGACAUGACUGGCGACGUGGAUGAAGCAGGAUGGCAGUACAGCGGCAACUUUGGUCGACGCUUCUGGCCCAACGUCCACUUUCCCCAUGGUAGGGUGGGCAUGCCCAAGACGGGCGCCGAUGGUAUUCGGGAGAUGAAUGCACGUCUCGCCGAAAAGGAGAAGAAGCGUCAAGAGAAGGAGAGCACAAAGGAGGACGGCGGAUUCGAAGCCAUCAGGCGUUCGGCGCGCGCUCGGUCCAGCAAGUGGACGGGAUCGCCCGAUGCCUGGACCUUUGUUCGUCGUCGACGAUGGAUCCGCCUUCGCCGUCGCAGGCCUCUGACCGGCCCCGCCAAACCCAGCGAAGCGCUGGCCACUCCCGGAACAGCUGCUUCGCCGGGUCAAGAGCUGACCGCACCUGACGCUGCGGACAGAUCGUCGCAACCACUCGUCAAGAGUGGCGUCAAACUUGGACAGUCCGACGAGGAGCCCCAAGGCGAGAGCUCGCUGGCCGAUUCGGAUGAGUCCGACUCUUCCUCCAGUGAAGACGAUCCGAUGCUGUACACGCCUGCCAAUGGUCGUCCGUCGGCGUUCCUACCGCGUCGACUUCCGGGUCACAUGGCCAACGGCUCGCACCCUGCCAGAAGUAAAGACCCACGAAUCAGACGCAAGGCACGUAAGCAUGCCAGAGAAUUCACUGGCACGAUCCGUGAGCUCAAGAGCCUACUGCCUAGCAUUAUCGCAAUGGAUCGGGAGGCAAAGAUGUCUCGAGCACCUACCGGACUCAGCGCCGGUCAGACUUCGUACAAAUGGGCGAUGCUCAAGAUCAACAAGGUCGACGCACGCAAUCCUUUCAUCAGCUGGCAUUUCGUCAAGCACAGAUUGCAGGACGAGGACAUGGCAUUCGCUGCAACGACGUUGAGGACGCUUGAGCGCAAGUUCCAGCAGCGCCAACUGGCCGCUGUCCAUCGCAAGGGUGGAGCGACGCCAAACAGCCAUGGUGCGAACGCUCAUCCUCCCAUUCCCUCGAGCUUCGCAGGCGCAUCCAAGAGCCUGCGGUUUGACGGGCUCAUGCCAGCGUCUGAAAGCGCCGAAGGCCUUGUCCGGCAGGACGGUACGAUGAAGGGCACCAGCUCGUCACGGUUGUUGGAACCGUUCGCCCAGAGCCCUGCCGAGGGCCACGAACUCACACGAGAAGCGCUGGUCGAGAUCAACUUUGCCCGUGUGUUGCGCGUGCUCCGCGCGUGCAAGGUCGAUCGGCAACGAAUGCAUCUGUGGAGACUAUGGCUUGGCGUGACGUCGCUCGACCAGCUGAUGGAGACAGCUCGACGAGAAGAUCUGGCCGCAUUGGGCUUGCUGACAGCUCAAACAGACUUUGGAGCCGAUCCAAGCGUUCCAGCGAGACCUGCUUCUCCGGCUGUCGAGAUACCGCAUAUGAGCGGAGGCAGCUCGUUCCGGUACCGUCAGCGAGCCGAGCGAGUCCGCGCGAAAUGGCGAGCUUCUGUCCCGACCCCCGACGCAUCCGAUGUCUGGGACGUACUGGAACGCAAGCUGGACGAGGUGUUGCUGCUCUUCGAGUUUCAGAGCAAUCGAGCUGCGCUCAUCCGGCUACUUCUGGCAGUGCACGAGAAGCUUCAUCCGGACCACAUCUACCGCGACCACUCAUUGCGGGCCUAUCCGAUCGAGCUGUCCCCCGCUCACAUCCAUGGUGACGCAGCAGAGAUGGGCGGUGGAGCAGGCGGUGCAUUCGGCUCGCGUCUCGGUGGCUGGAAACGAGCGGGUCUGCCCAGGCUGGAAUUCUACUCGGAUCUGCAGAGGAUCCUGGCUGCGACACCGGGUAACGAAGCGGCGACCAACUCGGAAUACAUCCUGAGUCGGCCGCAGGAUCUGCACGAGCUAGACGAGGUCGCGAUGCCGUUGGGACUUCAUAGCAGCGCACUGGUGGAUAUGCUGGAAGCCGAGGCUGUGUCGGACUCGUUCUUGGAGCACGAGAAGAUUCCGUCCGGUUCGCACGGAGGUGAUACCGAAAAAGAGGCGGAGGGGUUGCAGGUGGAUGCGAGCAGGUUGAGCGUGACUUUCCCACCGCAGAGGGGUUCGAGAAGUCCUUCCCCGCGUGCUCCGGCGGUGCCGUUGCCGUAUAGGAAGUCGGGAUUGUCGGAGGUUUCGGCCGGCGAGCGGGCUCGGACAGCAGUUGACGGUGCGUCGAGAUGGAGGGACUCGAUCGAGCCUGCACCUGCCUCCAUUGCAGCGGCGGAGACAGCGGCUGACUCGAUGGAAGCCUCCAAACGUGCUGAUACAAGAUUGGAUGCACCUCAAAGCGCUCGGGACUCGUCGCCAGCGGCACUAACCGUCCCGGAAUCGCUGGAAAGGAAGUCGAGCGGUCAGUUGAGAGAGGAAGCACUGCUGAGCCCGAGAAGCGAAAACGCGGCUGACGGUCUUGACGCAAACAUGCAAACGUCACCAAUGGCCGAUGCCAAGAUGACCGCAACCGAGGAUGUCACCACAACAGCCUUCCCAGCGCCCUCGGUCCCCGCUACUUCUGUGGCCGACUCGAUGCGCCCACCACGACCUCCAAUCCCGACAAGAAGCGGCUCUGUAUCGCCACAAACGGGCGCUAGGGAAACGUUUUAG